CCCCACGCAAUGCGCUUUACUGCGUUGACACGAACGACUGCAAUAACCCUUAACAAACCUGCUUUUCUCUUCAUUUGCACCUUGAUUUCACAGACUGGAUGUUUGUUCCCUUUACCUAGCCGAUUUCCUUCUCCGUUCCUGUAUCCCACCGAACCGCAUCUUUGCUGUCCGACGGUUCCUCAACCUCUUCCGAUGCAACAGUUCAUGCUAAGCUCGUCCAUCCGCCUUCGUUCCUGAUCGAAAGCCUUAUCCUACGAGUCCAGACUACCAAAGCCCCUAUUAUUACCUUAUCGCUCUCUGCCAGACAUGCCAGAACCUGCGGACGGUGGCAUGACGAAGCCUGUCAAGGCUGGGCGCAAGAACAAGAAGAAGAGAGGGAAUCAGUUAAUGAUACCAUGGCUCUACGACCUAGUACUAUGGACCAUGUCUGUCCUGAUCGACCUGUUUUUCCGUGAAGUACAUCCACGUGGAGCUUGGAAAGUCCCUCGCCAGGGUCCUGUCAUCCUUGUCGCUGCACCACAUGCGAAUCAGUUCGUUGACUCUUUGAUCCUCAUGCGAAUCCUCAAGACCGAAGCCAGAAGAAGGAUAUCAUAUCUAGUGGCGGAGAAAUCUACCAAACGAAAAUUCAUUGGGACACUGUCCAAGGCGAUAGGAGCCAUACCAGUGGGCCGAGCUCUUGACAAAGUCAAGCCUGCGGAGGGGAAAAUAUUCCUCCCUGACCCAGAUAAUGAUCCAACCUUGAUCCGAGGGGUUGGAACUGACUUCAAGAACGGUCAAUUCGAAAUUGGUGGUCUGAUCGUCCUGCCUAAGGUCCAUGGUCAAACACCCAGUACCGAAAUUGGGGAGAUUCUUUCCUCUACAGAACUUCGCUUGAAGAAGCCAUUCAAGACGCCAGAGGCAUUGGAAGCACUUACCGGUGCUGGUUCUCAAAGCGAUGGCGAUCCUAGCCAGAGAGAUUCUCGCGGCUGUUCGUUCAAGGUCGCUCCAUUCGUCGAUCAGACCAAAGUCUACAACGCCGUCUUCCAAGAACUUGACGCUGGUGGCUGUAUUGGGAUUUUUCCAGAAGGAGGCAGCCAUGACCGACCGGAUCUACUUCCUCUGAAAGCGGGCGUUGCAAUCAUGGCCCUCGGGGCAGAAGCCAACCAUCCUGGUUGUGGGGUUAAAAUCAUUCCCAUCGGCAUGAAUUAUUUCCAUGCACACAAAUUUCGAUCACGAGCUGUGAUUGAAUUCGGUCAUCCCAUCGAGGUACAUCCUGAUCAGGUUGCGGCAUACAAAGCUGGCGAUCGCAGAAACGCAGUCGGCUCCCUCCUUGAAACUGUGUACCAAGGCCUUCUAGCCGUCACUCAAGCCUGCCCCGACUAUGAUACUCUGAUGCUUGUGCAGGCGGCUCGAAGGUUAUACAAUCCGUGGGGCAAGAAGUUACCUUUGCCUUUGGUUGUUGAGCUCAACAGACGCCUCGUCAAAGGCUAUACCAAGUAUCAGGACGAUUCCCGAGUCAUCGAACUCAAGAAGGAUGUGCUCAACUAUAACCGACGGCUCCGAGCACUUGGUAUUCGUGAUCAUCAGGUUGAAUGGGGCAAUGCAGCCAAACGCCCGUGGUGGCUUGUAUUUGGUACGUUGAUCUACAGACUUGGUGAGCUAUUGGUACUGGGCCUUGGUACCCUUCCUGGGUUGGCCAUGUUCUGGCCGGUCUUCGUUACCACCAAAGUGAUCUCUGUCAAAAAGUCCCGGGAAGCACUCGCGGCUUCAACGGUCAAGCUGCAGGGCCGGGAUGUCAUCACCACGUGGAAGCUGCUUGUCGCCAUGGCCUUUGCACCAGCACUCUACGUCUACUACACCGUGAUUGUAUCCUUGUGGCUGGUGUACAAUCGACGAGAUGGAUACUACACCCACCAGGUGCCUUGGUGGAUGGUCGCUCGGACCUACGUGCCCGACUUUAUUCCUAUUUGGUUCUUUGCCAUUUUCUUCCUCAUCCUGUGUAUCUGCAUCACUUUUGCAGCCUUGCGAAUUGGUGAGAUCGGCAUGGAUGUGGUCAAGUCACUUCCACCGCUCUUCAUCGCUCUCAAUCCCCGUUCGUCAAGCAGGAUUGCAAAACUUCGAGAAACCAGAGAGGCAUUGUCUGCAAAGGUGACGGAUCUCAUCAAUACUCUGGGACCCGAAGUCUUCCCGGAUUUUGAUGCCGAGAGGAUUAUUGCCGAUCCCUUCCGGGAAGGCGCAUACCAGUCCAGUUACAAGAAGAUGCCAGAGGAGCCAAGGAUGCUCGAUGGUGACGAACCCUCGACACCAACGUCUGGCGCAUUUGAAACGGUUCCGGAAUCACCUGGAGCGAGAUCCUACGGGUUACUGCUACCGUCAAAUGAAUCGUUCGGCAACAUUGGCGGAUUCGGCUUCUUUGCAUCCAGGCCCGCGACACCGAAAAGCCGGAGUAGAAGCAGCUCCGCAGGCGGAGCACUCAGUUCUGCUGGCUUGCCAAUCAAAGCUCUCAGCACCUUGGGUGGAAAUGAGAGUUUUGACGAGGUCAGCAAACGCAUUCGUGGCGCAAUGCGUGAAAGGGGCAGAAAACGCGCAAGCGAGGGUGUUGAUACUGGAACAGAAAGCAGUUGGGAUAUGGCUUCCGACGGAGACGAAGAGCCGAAGAAAGAGAAGUAGCGCGGGACAGCACAGACGAAGCUCACUUGAACAUUGACGACGAGCACAUCCAUAAGGCGCAUGAUGUUAGAAACUGAGUCCACAUGCGAGCAUCAGUACCUAUCGUUCCAGUGUAAUCAAUAUUACGGCACAUCGGAGGACUUCUUGCGUUGAACACUUGUGCUUCCCUUGAAGCGGCCUGCCUUGUCCCAAUCUGGAACGAUUCUGUCUACUACAAUAUGCACUUAUAUGUACUGGGUACCGGUCUCAAUCCAUCAAGACUACAUCUGGGACUUGUCGAUACCAAUAGGAAGUGUGUGGACUCGUUGACGGCUACUCGUGUCGUCGUUGCCGGCAAGAGAUGCCCUGUUGAUGCUCUCAUUACCAGCACCAGCUUCCGCGCGCCCGGAAUUGGCGGACCAGGUGCCGUGGCUGACACGACUGUCGCCCCUGAAGUGGGCAAGAUCUGGACGUGCAAUGGAACGAAGGCGCGGCGACGCUGCAAGAUGCAUGAGCACGGAUGAGUAUUCAGGGCAAGGGGCUAGAGAGUUAUAUCAAAGCCAUCGAGGCGUGAGACACGAGUAGAAAGCUUGAGGAUUGGAUAUAAAAGCUGCAUUCCGCUGAUGACUCGAGAUUAAGUAGGCUUAUGGGACCAUUCCUAGUGUCUGACGUCUGAAGCAUUGAUUUCUAG